CAGUUCUAAAGAUGGCGCUACCCGGUGUUUUACUCGUGCGGCUCAGGGCGCUGUGUAAUGUCGCGAAAUAUGUCCAAGCAGGCGGAAAAACGGCGUCGAAUUGCCGCGGAGCAGUGCGCUGGCACGGGACGAAAACGCGGAGCUUCGAGGAAAGCGGCACGUCGCAUUUACAAGAUAACGUGAGCCCGAACCUCCUGAAGGAGUUUCCGGACCCUAAAGGUCUCUUGUAUAACACCAUCUCCCGUUCUCUGGGAGUCAGCGACCUGACCCAGCUCAUCCAGUACAGCUGCACGGAAGGUGAUGGCGUCAAGAAAGCCACCGUCACCCUGCUGUGGCCCUUCAAGAUGGAAGAGGAAGGUUUUGCCUCCAGGAAGAUCGACGCGGAACGAUUCGCUGCAGCCGCUGCGUGUUUCAAGCUCAGACAAAUGGGUGUCAUUGGUCAAGGAAAUCAGCUCCCGACGAAGAGAGCUGGCAGGGGGAGAGGAGGCGUGCAAACGCAACUCUAUGAUAACGAAGAAGAGUCCUGGACAGAGAAUGUCCCCGUUCCCAAAGCGAGAGCGGACGAGCACAAAGUCGGCGUUCCUCCCCAAGAAUUCGCCCAGGAUUUCGCCACCGUCUUCGAAGCUCUCCGCCUGUUCCCGCAACCCAAGUCUCUCCUCACCAGGAUCAUCCAGGCGGCCACGUCGUCCAACAGAAUCGGGGAGAUAAUUCAGUACAAGACGACGGGAGGAAAGCUAAAGAAGUGCGACCUGACGCUGCAGUGGCCGGAGAAGAUGAUGUUCUCCGCCACGGCGAAAAGCCGGUUGGCGGCGGAGAGGACGGCGGCGGCUCUCGCCUGCGUGAAACUGAAGGAGCUGCACUUGCUGGACAGCGCCAACAACCCGCUGACUCACGCCAACUACCACCGAGCGGAGGUGAGGGAGGCUGGAGAGCGAGACAGACGGCCCCUCCCUCUGGAAGUCCCAGAAUACCUGGAGAAACGCAUGAGGGAAUACCUGGCAGAGUACCCGGUGGCGACAGACGUACAGAAGCUGUGGGAGGACGAAGAGGCCAGAGGCCAGCAGGCGGUGAACCAGGAGGAAGACGAGGAGGACGAGGAGGACUUGACGGACGCCGUCACGGGCCGGCCGUACAGACCUCUGUCUGAGCCCGAGGCCCGGCAGCUCAGCGCCCACCUGCUGGAGAAGUGGGAGGCGGUGAGCCCCGGGCUGAGCGUGCGGCUCCCGGUAGACGCCCACCGCGAGCGCGUGAUCUCCGAGGUGCGGUCGUCCAGGGUGGUCGUGAUCGACGGCGAGACGGGGUGCGGCAAAACGACGAGGAUCCCUCGCUUCCUGCUGGAGGAGGGCGUGAGGGACGGCCAGGGCGCCACGUGCAACGUCCUGGUGACCCAGCCUCGCCGGAUAAGCGCCGUGUCCGUGGCCCAUCGUGUGGCUCAUGAGAUGGGUCCGGCUCUGAGAAGCUCUGUGGGAUAUCAGGUGAGACUGGAGAGCCGCCCGCCCGAGCGCAGCGGAGGAGCCCUCCUCUUCCUCACGGUGGGCAUCCUGCUCAGGAAGCUGCAGUCCAACCCGUCGCUGAAGGGAAUCAGCCACGUGGUGGUGGACGAGGUCCACGAGCGGGACGUCAACACGGACCUGCUGCUGGCGCUGCUGCGCUCCAGCUUGAAGGAGAACCCCGACCUGCGGGUGGUGCUCAUGAGCGCCACCGGGGACAAGCGGAGGCUGUCCGACUACUUUGGGGGCUGCCCGAUUGUGAAAGUGCCCGGAUUCAUGCACCCGGUGAAGGACCAAUACCUGGAGGACGUGCUGAGGGAGAUGGGACGCCCCGCAGUCCCCAAGAGGGUGGAGGCGGACAAGCAGGGCGGAAGAGUCGACAUCACACCAGAUACAGAUCUCGUAGCUGAUGUAAUCGAGCACAUUGACCGAUGUGGCGAGCCAGGUGCCGUGUUGUGCUUCCUCCCCGGGUGGCAGGACAUCAAAGCCGUUCAAGAGAAGCUGCAGGCGAAGCGACACUUUUCCUCCGGCUCACAGAUGAUCUUGCCGCUGCACUCUAGUUUAUCGGUAGCAGACCAGCAGUUGGUGUUCCAGCACCCCCAAGAGGGCCAGAGGAAGAUUGUCCUCGCCACUAACAUUGCAGAGACCUCCAUCACCAUCGAUGACAUCGUCCACGUGGUGGAUGUGGGAACUCACAAAGAACAGAAUUAUGACCCGCGCACCAAGGUCUCGUGUCUGGACACGGUGUGGGUAUCUCACUCUAAUGUCACUCAGAGAAAAGGGCGAGCGGGCCGAUGUCAGCCGGGACGGUCCUACCACCUGUUCCCCCGGAAGCAGAUGGAGUCCAUGGCCCCCUUCCCCAUCCCGGAGAUCCUGCGCACGCCGCUGGAGAAUCUCGUAGUGCAAGCCAAGAUCCACAGUCCUGACUGCAAGGCUGUAGAUUUCUUAUCCCAAGUGUUGGACAGUCCAGAGCGAGAUGCUGUGAGAGAGGCUGUUAAGAAUCUGCAAGACAUCGGAGUCUUGGACAAGACGGAAACCCUGACGCCGUUAGGAGAGCGCGUCUCCUGCAUGUCGUGCGACCCCCGCCUGGGCAAGGUGCUGGUCCUGAGCGCCAUGUUCCGGUGUGUCCUGCCCAUGCUGUCGGUCGCCGCCUGCCUGACCAAAGACCCGUUCUACAACAGCAUGCAGAACAGAGGCCUCGUGAGCAAGGCCAAAGAGGCUCUGAGCCGCUCCAGCUCCAGCGACUACUUGGUGUUCAUUCGAGCCGUGUUGGGCUGGAGGAAACUUCAGCACGAGGGCGACCGGGAGGAGCGCGACGAGUUUCUGCACCGGCACACUCUGUCCCGGUUCAGCCUGCGCUUCAUCAACGGUCUCAUCUCUCAGUUCAGCGAGAACCUGAGCGAAGCCAAGGUGGUGUCUCACGCCCGGGAGUGCCAGCGCUCCACGUCGCUCUACAACGAGCACAGCGACCAGGACGAGCUGCUGAAGGCUGUGCUGCUCGCCGGGCUCUAUCCCAACCUCAUCCAGGUGAAGAAGGGUCUCGUGAGCAAGGGGCGCUUUCGGCCCGACAGUAUGCACUUCCGCACACUCAAUGGGCCGGUGAUGCUUCACCGCGCCUCCGUCAACAGGGGGAAGCCAGAGCUUCCUAGUCGCUGGCUGACCUUCUUCAGCGCCGUCCAGUCCAACGGAAGUGUUUUCGUCAGAGACUCCUCGGCAGUCCAUCCUCUCGCCCUGCUGCUGCUCACAGACUGUGACCUCACAGAGACAGUAAGGGGAGACCGGGUGGAAGUGGCGCUCCCCGGCCGCUCGAUGGUGCGCUGCGAGUUGUCGGCGGAGACCUGGGAGCUGCUGUGGGAGGUCCGCACGUCCAUCCAGACCAUGCUGUACCGCAACCUCCGCCGCCCCGGCGACGCCAACUCGUCUCAAGACGGGAAGCUCAUCUCCCUCUUCGUGGAGCUGCUCAACAACACGGACGCCAACCCCGUGGCUCCGAGCAGCGACAGCGAGGUGGAUUGACGACAGAGGCCGCCGGCAUCUCGUGGGUGUGUGUUUUCUUGAGGGGAAGAAAGUUGGGGCACUCGGUCAAUACUUGACUUGAAGAGGAGCAACGUGGAGCGGACGGUCGUCUGCUGCGGUGACUGUCGAGGUGAAUGAUGAACUCGUUUCUGGUGGGAGGCGAUCCAUCCCUUUUUGAUUGUGCUUUACUGUAUUUGUAUCCGCUUUCUGAAAAGCAGAAGUUUAAUUUUUCUUUGCUCGCGUCAUUGGCUAAAAGGUAAUUAAAGCAGACCGCGUAUAAUAAUUGAUGUCAUAUUUAUUGCAAUAAAUAUUCACAUGCUAACAUAAAA